UUGCUUUGGCCUGGCGGGGGCCGGGGAAAGCCCGAUUGGUGGCACGGGGACUGGCUGCACAGGGACGCUGGGAAGCCCAGGACAGCAUGGAGGGGCCGCCGGCGCCUGGGAACGGGGACAUCUCGCUGCACAACUUCAGCGCCAGGCUGUGGGAGCAGCUCAUCCACUUCCACGUGAUGCGGCUGACGGAUUCGCUCUUCCUGUGGGUGGGCGCGACGCCCAACCUGCGCAACCUCGCCGUGGCCAUGUGCAACCGUUACGACUCCAUUCCAGUGUCCACUUCCCUUCUUGGAGAUACCUCUGACACAACCUCUAACUGUCUUGCUCAGCGAUUAGCCAGGAAGACCAAAAAACAGGUGUUUGUCAGCUACAAUCUUCAAAACACAGACAGCAACUUCACACUGCUCAUAGAAAACAGGAUCAAGGAAGAAAUGGAGGCUUUCCCAGAAAAGUUUUAACCCAAAAAAGAGCACGGUAGCAUCAGAUGAUUUGUAAUUUAUGUACAUUAAACAGAAUAAAUUGAGUGUAUUUCACAGCACGUCUAACAUGGA